UUCCGUCCGCCGCUAUUUAUAUCUCUCCUCCCCCAUUGCUCUGCAGACGACGCAACCCAACACGCCUCACUCAUGGCCUUUCCACUUCCACUGCCGCCUCGUCCUCUGCUCAUUCUUUUCCUGCUCGUACCGUCGCUUCUUCUACCCUCUCGUUCCUCCGCCAAUGAAACCGCCGCAACUCCUCCCUCCACCGCCCUUAAUCCAUUUACCGCCAAGGCCGCCGUGAUGCGGUACUGGAACCGCAAGGUCACCGCCAACCGCCCGCAACCGGCCUUCCUCCUCUCCAAGCUUUCUCCGCUCUCCGCCCUCGACUACGCCACCUUCUCCUCUCUUGCUGCCGCUGGGCCGUCCGCUCUUUCCCCGCGCCUCCCCGCCCUCUGCGCUGCCGCCCGCCUCCUCUGCUUCCCCACCCGCUUCGAGUCCUACGCCUCCGCCACCACUGCACGUGAUGGCCCCUCCGACUUCGCGACCUACCAGACCUCCAACUUCUCUAACUACGCCACCGGCGCGGUCGGUGGGACCCAAUCGUUCGAGAACUACUCCGAGUCCCUCAACGUGCCGGUCGACACCUUCCGCCGCUACAGCCGCGACUCCGCCGGCCAUAACGACUCCUUCGCGUCCUACGCCCCUGGAGGCAACGUCGUCACCGCCAAAUUCACCAGCUACGCUUCCUCCGCCACCGGCGGCACCGGGGAUUUUACUUCUUACGGUGAUGAUACCAACAAUCCUGAACUCAAGUUCACCAACUACGACGCCCAAGCCAACGGUCGCCACCAGUCCUUCGGAAGCUACUCCGACGACGCCAAUUCCGGCGACCAGUCCUUUGCCGGGUAUGGCAAGGACGGCAACGGUGUCGUCUCCGCAUUCGCCAGCUACGCCAAUGACUCCAACGUCAUCGGUUCCGGUUUCGCCGGCUACGGUGAGGGCGCCAAUGCGGCGAGAGAUAGUUUCACCAACUACGGUUUCAACGGCAACGUGCCGGAGAACAACUUCCGGUCCUACGGAGAUCGCGGUAACGGCGGAUCGGAGAGGUUCUCGAGUUAUCGUGACGAGUCGAACGUCGGAGACGACAGCUUCACCUCCUACGCCAAAGGCAGCAACGCUGGCACAGCCGAAUUCGACAACUAUGGGAACUCCUUCAACCCCGGCAGCGAUUCCUUCAAAGGCUACGGUCAAGGGUUCGGCAAUCAUGAAAUCACAUUCAAGAGCUACAUCGGCGAGAACAAUUCCUUCAAGGGCUAUGCCAAGUCCGGCAUCGACUUCAAGGCCUAUCGCCACCCAUCAUCCUCGCCCUCCUCCGCCCACCCCGCCGAUGCCGCAGUGAAGCCCGUCAAGAAGAUAGCAGGGCACUGGCUGGUGGAGCCGGGUAAGUUUUUCCGCGAGCACGAGCUCCGGAGCGGCAACUUGAUGCCGAUGCCGGACAUCCGCGACAAGAUGCCGGCGCGGUCGUUCUUGCCGCGGUCGAUCGCCGGGAGAAUCGCCUUCUCAGCAGCCGAGGUGCAGCGGUUCUUCGGGAUUCCGGCCGACACGGCGCUGGGGAAAGCGGUGGCCGACACGGUGGCGGAGUGCGAGAGGGCGCCGAGCCGGGGUGAGACGAAGCGGUGCACGACGUCGGCGGAGGACGUGAUUGACUUCGCGGUGGCGAUGCUGGGGAGCAACGUGGUUGGGCGGAGCACGGAGAGCACGGCCGGGUCCAAGGGUACCGUCCUGAUAGGGAAGGUGCGGGGGGUGAACGGCGGCGGCGUCACCCGGUCGGUGUCAUGCCACCAAAGCCUCUUCCCGUAUCUGGUGUACUACUGCCACUCGGUGCCACGGGUACGGGUGUACGUGGCGGACAUCCUAGCCGUCCAAACCAAGGAGAGGAUCAAUCGCGGUGUUGCCAUCUGUCACCUUGACACGUCGGACUGGAGUGCGAGCCACGGGGCCUUCCUGUCGCUGGGGUCCGCCCCCGGGAGGAUCGAGGUCUGCCAUUGGAUCUUCGAGAGAGACAUGACGUGGACGGUGGCCGAUUGAUUGACUGAUUACGGGCGAUCCUCCCAGUAGGAGUGUUGUGUUCUGUCUCUCUCUCUC